AUGAUUCAGUGCUUUAGCACGGAGCAUGAUUUGGUUUCUGGUGGAAUGGCAGUUGUGGAGCAUCGCCGUGCCGGGCAGGGUGCACUGCUCUUUCUUAUUCUGUUUACGGGUUGUGACAUGCACCAGGCAGAUGUAUUGGUUGCUGUACAGGCCCAUGGUGUCGUCGCGCAUGUUGAGCCAUGUGAAGGAUUGCGUUCUUUGGCGCUCUGCGUUGAUGUGGACAGUAAGCUUCGCUACAUAGUGGUGGGCCCGCUGCCGACAUCGAAAAUAGUGGAUGCAUGCUUCUGUGAUUGCCACAGCGAAAGCAGUGGGCGGCUGACAUCUGGCCCUUUGGGUGGGCUGUCUCGCUGUCCACUCGGGCAGCGGGCCUCCAUCCGCUUGGAAUGGGCUCAAGUGUGCAACGUCAGUGAUCAUCUCCACGGAAUUGCGACAGGGAGCUGCGGUGGCGGUAGUGUGGAGAUCCCCGUUGGGCUCCUACGAGACGCGGUGCUGAAAGUGCUGCCCGUGCAACGCCCACACCUGCUGGAGUUCCUGAGCGGUAUCCGUCAAGAUAUGCUGAAAUGGGCGAAUCAUCCAAAGGUGCUUGAAGUGUUGGCUGUGCCUUCACUAGGCCUUGUUGUGCACUUUCUCUCGGGUCCCUUACCCUUUGUCAUUGUGUCAGUGCCAGCAGAUGCAGUCGCCCGCGGUGACGUUGAUGCAGCUCAUCAUAAACCUGUUGUAAAGGGAGUGGCAUUGUUGCUGUGCUCCGAGAAGCUCUCGUGCUGA